AAGUGAUUUAAAAAGUUUCUACAACACAGUAAUGUUUUGCUCGACACAAACCGUUCAGCAUUCCUCGUUGUACCUGUUGAGAGGAACCUUCUGGCGGUGUUGCUGUGGUGUGAAUUUACCGUGAAAUGAACAUCGGGAUAUGAUGGGGUCACAUCUAAAUCGAUUUAGCAGGGCUCUAAAAGUGACAACCGUAGACCUAUUGAAGUGAUAGGGACCUGAGGAGGUUGAUUUCAACCUUUGUCCAAUCUGGUAAUCAUGUUGUUCAUUGGAUGAGUCUGGAAUGCUGUGGUUCCAGUUUCUUGCAGCGAAGUUCUGAAGGAGUUGGAACUGUGUCUGAAGGCAAGAGCUCGGUCUUUGAAGAGAGCUUAAUGCGGAGAAUCUCUGGCAGCAGCAGUGUGCACACUCUCAGCAAGGCUGCCUUCAUCGAGAAGGUGCGGGAGAGCAACGCAGCGUGUCAGAGCGGAGACUUCACCACUGGCCUGCAGCUCUACACUGAGGCCAUAGCCGCCGACCCCCAGAACUGCAUUCUGUACAGCAACCGGUCGGCCGUGCUGGUGAAAGUGAACGAGUACGAGAGAGCACUGGAUGAUGCUGUCAAAGCACGACUCCUGAACCCCAAAUGGUCAAAGGCAUACUUCCGACAGGGUGUUGCCCUCCAGUACCUUGGCCGGCAUGCAGAUGCGCUGGCUGCGUUUGCGUCGGGGCUGGCUCAGGAUCCAAAGAGCCUGCAGCUGCUGGUCGGGAUGGUGGAGGCCACCAUGAAAUCUCCUCUCCGAGAGUCCCUGGAACCGACAUAUCAGAAGCUACAGAAGAUGAAGCUAGACAAGAGUCCAUUUGUGGUGGUGUCUGUCAUUGGGCAGGAGCUGCUCACCGCAGCGCACCACAGCGCCUCUGUCGUGGUUCUGGAGGCUGCGCUGAAGAUUGGAACGUGCAGCUUGAAGCUCCGCGGCUCCGUGUUCUCUGCCCUGAGCAGUGCUUACUGGGCGUUAGGGAAUACCGAGAAGAGUAUUGGCUACAUGCAGCAGGACUUCGAUGUAGCCAAGACUUUAGGUGACCACACGGGCGAGUGCCGGGCCCAUGGCAACCUGGGAUCGGCAUUCUUCUCCAGCGGCAACUACCGCGAGGCCCUCAACAACCACCGACUCCAGCUCGUGCUGGCGAUGAAGCUCAAAGAUCGCGAGGCAGCAUCCUCAGCGUUGAGCAGCCUAGGUCAUGUCUACACAGCUAUUGGAGACUACCCAAAUGCACUGGCCAGUCACAAGCAGUGCGUUCUUCUAGCGAAACAAUCCAAAGACGAGCUCUCAGAAGCCAGAGAACUGGGCAACAUGGGGGCUGUUUACAUCGCGAUGGGCGACUUUGAAAAUGCAGUGCAGUGCCAUGAGCAGCAUCUCAGGAUUGCCAAGGAGCUGGGCAACAUGCGGGAGGAGGCACGAGCUUACAGCAAUCUGGGGAGUGCCUACCACUACCGGAGGAACUUUGACAAGGCAAUGUCCUACCACAACCACGUGCUGGAGCUUGCACAGGAGCUGGGCGAGAAGUCCAUUGAGAUGCGGGCGUACGCGGGCUUGGGCCAUGCGGCGCGCUGCAUGCAGGACCUGGAAAGAGCAAAGCAGUAUCACGAGCAGCAGCUGAGCAUCGCGGAGAACCAGAAGGACCGGGCAGCAGAGGGACGAGCUUCCUCGAACCUCGGUAUAAUCCACCAGAUGAAAGGAGAUUACGAAGCUGCGCUGAAGCUCCACAAGACCCACCUGUCCAUUGCCCAGGAGCUGAAUGACUAUGCGGCACAGGGUCGAGCCUACGGGAACAUGGGCAAUGCCCACAACGCACUGGGCUCCUACGACCAGGCGGUGAAGUAUCACCGGCAGGAGCUGCAGAUCUCCAUGGAGGUUAAUGAUCGGGCGUCACAGGCCUCGACCCACGGUAACCUCGCUGUUGCCUACCAGGCCCUGGGUGCCCACGACCGGGCCCUGCAACACUACCAGAACCACCUGAACAUUGCCCGGGAGUUACGGGAUAUACAAAGCGAAGCCCGGGCCCUCAGCAACCUGGGCAACUUCCAUUGCUCCAGAGCAGAGUACGUUCAGGCCGUUCCCUACUAUGAACAGUACCUGCGCUUGUCUCCUGACCUACAGGAUAUGGAAGGUGAAGGGAAAGUGUGCCACAACCUCGGUUAUGCACACUACUGUCUCGGAAGCUACCAAGAGGCCGUCAAAUACUAUGAGCAAGAUUUGGCCCUGGCCAAGGACUUGCAUGAUAAACUCAGCCAGGCAAAGGCCUACUGCAACUUAGGGCUGGCUUUUAAGGCCCUGACUAACUACACUAAAGCCGAGGAAUGUCAGAAAUAUGUUCUGUCCCUUGCCCAGUCCCUGAACAAUUCUCAAGCCAAAUUUCGAGCAUUGGGCAAUUUGGGUGAUAUUUUGGUGUGCAAGAAAGAUGUGAAUGGUGCAGUUAAGUUUUAUGAACAGCAGUUGGCUUUGGCUCAUCAGAUUAAAGAUCGGAAGCUUGAAGCCUCAGCCUAUGCAGCUCUGGGUACUGCCUACAGGCUGAUACAGAAACAUGACAAGGCUCUGGGAUAUCACACACAAGAGCUUGAGGUUUAUCAGGAAUUGGGCGACUUGUUGGGAGAAUGUAAGGCGCACGGCCACCUUGCCGCAGUCUACAUGGCACUUGGCAAAUACACCAUGGCCUUCAAGUGUUACCAGGAACAGUUGGACUUGGGGCAGAAGCUCAAAAAUCCCAACAUUGAGGCGCAAGUGUACGGCAACAUGGGAAUCACUAAAAUGAACAUGAAUGUAAUGGAAGAUGCCAUCGGCUACUUCGAACAGCAGCUUGCGACGCUGCAGCAGUUGAGCGGCAAUGAUGCAGUCCUGGAUCGAGGGCACGCCUAUGGCAACCUGGGGGAUUGCUACGAGGCACUCGGAGAUUACGAAGAAGCUGUAAAAUAUCAUGAGCAGUUCUUGACAGUGGCUCAGAGUUUAAAUCGGAUGCAGGAACAAGCUAAAGCUUAUCGGGGACUUGGAAAUGGACAUCGGGCUAUGGGGAACCUGCAACAAGCUCUCGUGUGCUUUGAGAAGAGGCUGGUGGUGGCCCAUGAACUUGGCGAGUCUUCCAACAAAGCCCAGGCGUACGGUGAGCUGGGAAGCUUACACAGCCAGCUGGGCAACUACGAGCAGGCCAUCUCGUGCCUCGAGCGGCAACUAAACAUUGCCCGCGAAAUGAAAAACCGAAUCUUGGAGAGCGAUGCGGCCUGUGGUCUGGGUGGAGUUUACCAACAGAUGGCUGAAUACGAAACCUCGCUGCAGUACCAUCAGCUGGACUUGGAGAUCGCAGAGGAAACAAGCAACCCCACGUGUCAGGGCCGUGCCUACGGGAACCUGGGGCUGACCUACGAAUCACUGGGAAACUAUGAACGGGCCGUAAUGUACCAGGAGCAGCACCUGAGUAUCGCUGCUCAGAUGAAUGACUUGGUGGCUAAAACCAUUGCCUACAGCAGCUUAGGAAGAACGCACCAUGCCCUGCAGAACUACUCGCAGGCAGUCAUGUACUUACAGGAAGGUUUGAGACUGGCGGAACAACUUGGUCGCAGAGAAGAUGAAGCUAAGAUCAGGCACCGUUUGGGACUUUCACUGUGGGUCAGCCGAAACCUCGAGGAGGCACAACACCAGCUUUAUCGAGCAUCUGCUUUAUUUGAAAAUAUCCGCCACGAAGCACAGCACAGCACCGAUUAUAAACUUUCCCUCUUCGACCUCCAAACAUCCUCCUAUCAAGCUUUGCAACGCGUUCUGGUCAGCCUGGGUCGUCACGAUGAGGCACUGGCUGUGGCUGAGAGGGGGCGGACGAGGGCAUUUGCUGACCUUCUGGUCGAACGGCAAACUGGGCAGCAAGUGUCUGACUCAUUGACUCCUGUUACCAUUGAACAAAUUCUGGAAGCCAUCAACAAUCAGCGCAGUCUGGUACUAUACUACUCCCUCGCCGCGGGCUACCUCUACAGCUGGUUACUGGCACCAGGAGCAGGCAUAUUAAAAUUUCAUGAAUGCUAUUUGGGCGAUGGCCUGGCUGACAACAACAGUGAUUUUAAUGAAACCAGUAGCCUCAACCUGCAGACAUCCAGCUUCUCCACUCUCGAGCAGUACGUGACCAAUGUUCGAGAAGCUCUCGGCAUUGAUUCCUACUACACCAGGAUGUGUUCAAACAGUGAAACAGAGAGCGAGGCCGGGGACCUCGCCGAUCAGCAGUUUGAGGACAUGAACAACAAAGUGACUUCCGUCACUGACCCCACAGGGUUCCUCAGAAUGGUCAACAGGAACAACCUCUUCAAUAGAAGCUGCCAGAGUAUGAGCAGCCUGUUCAGCAGCAACACGUCGAGUCUCCAAGAUUCCACCUCGUCCCUACCCCGAAAGUUGGGCUCUUCCAGUAAACAACCUCUCCGUGCCCUCUACGACAUCCUCAUCUCACCCAUGGAAGGGGGACUGAUGCAUUCUAGUGGUCCUGUUGGUCGUCACAGACAGCUGGUGUUGGUCCUGGAAGGAGAGCUCUAUCUCAUUCCCUUCGCUCUGCUGAAAGGAAGCUCCUCUAAUGAGUACCUCUACGAACGGUUCAGUAUCAUUGCUGUUCCCUCCAUCAGGGCCUUUCAAGCAAGCCCCAGGUCCCAUCUCCGGAAGAGCCUGUCGGUGUGCAGCUCGUCCAGCUCGAUGGCAGCGGUGGUGGGUAACCCGCGGCUGCCCGGGGCCGUGAUGGAUCGCUGGCUCUGGGGGCCCAUGCCAUCGGCGGAGGAGGAGGCCUACAUGGUGGGGGAGCUGCUGGGCUGCCAGCCGUUGGUGAGCGGCGCGGCCACCAAGGAGCGGGUGGCCAGCGUGCUCGGGCAGGCCGAGUGCGUCCACUUCGCCACGCACAUCUCCUGGAAGCUCGCCGCCCUGGUCCUCACGCCCAACAGCGACGGCAGCACGGUGAGCGGGAAGAGCUCUCUGGGGAACAGUUACACCAUCCCGGAGUCGCUGAGGAUGCAGGACGACGCGAGUGACGUGGAGAGUAUAACGGACAGCCCCCCGCUGCAGGAGUUCCUCUUGACCGCCGCAGACAUAUUGGACUUGCACCUGCCCGCCAAGCUCGUGGUCCUGGGCUCCUACCAGGAAUCCAACAACAAAGUGACGGCAGACGGCAUCAUUGGACUGACACGGGCUUUCCUCGCCGCGGGGGCACAGUGUGUCUUGGUUUCCCUCUGGCCCGUGCCCAUGGCAGCAUCCAAGAUGUUCGUGCACACCUUCUACUCCUCCCUGCUCAACGGAAUGAAGUCUAGCGCUGCGCUCGGAGAAGCCAUGAAGAUUGUCCAGAGCAGCAAGCUGUUCGCGCAUCCUUCAAACUGGGCAGGCUUCACACUGAUCGGGAAUGAUGUUAAACUGAACAGCCCAUCGUCCCUCAUCGGCCAAGCGCUGUCUGAGAUCCUGCAGCAUGCUGACCGUGCUCGUGACGCUCUGCGGGUGUUGCUCCACCUGGUGGAGAAGUCCCUGCAGCGGAUCCAGAACGGCCAGCGGAACUCCAUGUACACGUCCCAGCACAGCGUGGAGAACAAGGUGGGCGGCGUUCCAGGCUGGCAGUCGCUGCUGAUGGCCGUCGGAUUCCGGCUUGACCCUCCGGCCAGCGGGCUCCCUGCGGCCGUCUUCUUCCCAGUCUCUGACCCUGGGGAUCGGCUCCAGCAGUGCAGCACCACGCUCCAGGCACUCCUAGGGUUACCCCACGCUGCUCUCCAGGCUCUCUGCAAACUUAUCUCGGCCUCAGAGACAGGAGAACAACUUAUUAAUCGGGCUGUAAAAAAUAUGGUUGGAUUGCUCCACCAAGUCCUCGUUCAACUUCAGACUGGCGAGAAAGAACAGGACUUUUGUACAGCACCCAUUCAACUGUCCAUCAGCGUCCAGCUCUGGCGACUGCCCGGAUGUCACGAGUUCCUGGCCGCUUUAGGCUUUGACCUGUGUGAGGUGGGCCAAGAAGAGGUGGUGUUGAAGACCGGGAAACAGGCAAACAGGAAGACCAUGCACUUCGCUCUCCAGUCUCUGCUGGCACUCUUUGAUUCCACGGAGCUGCCGAAACGACUCAGCCUGGACAGCUCCUCCUCGCUGGAAUCCCUCUCGUCGUCACAGUCGGUCUCCAAUGCAGCAGGACAGAUGAACCCACCGUUCUCCCCCACUUACGGGGACUCGAUGGCCUCCGACGCCAUCUCUGUGUACAGCCUCAGCUCCAUCGCCUCCUCCAUGAGCUUCGCGUCCAAGACGGACAUCACCGGGGAAGGGGUGCUCCAGCGGGGGAGGCUGGACUACGAGAGGCCGAAGAAUGUCUACCCGCACAAGGCGGCGGCGAUGUUGGCGAGCGGCUCUUCCCCACAGUCGAGCAACGCGAGCAGGGACGAGGAGGAGUACGAUGGCUUCUCCAUCAUCAGCAGCGAGCCGCUGAGUCUGUACACUGAUAGCCUCAAGGCGUCUGCCUCGGCCGACAAAGAGAGGACUACUGAGCUCAGCCACAGUCUGGGCGACAGGCACACGCUCAAAGCAAACGCCAGCGCAUCCAGCUCCCCGGCUAAAAUGGUGCUCAUCCCCAGUGCAAACUCACCCUUCCAGAAAGUGGGGUCCAGAAAUAAACUGCCGAGCUCAGACACGGGCGAGUCCGACCAGUCCAGCACGGAGACGGACAGCACGGUGAAGUCUCAGGAGGAGAAAGUGUCCAAACUUAAUCCCCAGGAGUUGGCGCAGAAGAUCUUGGAGGAGACGCAGAGCCACCUGCUCGCUGUGGAGCGACUGUAUCAGAGCAGCGGGCCAAGCAACCAGAGGAGCACCACUGAGGUGGACAGCGGCGCGGUGGGACAUCACGGACCCUCGUCGUCUUUUAAGUCUUCGGACACGAGUGCGUUCAGCAAGCCCCCGGCCAGCGCUGGGCAGAAGAAGCAGCCGUCUCCCGUCCCUGCAAAACCAAAGCCUCCCACACGCAGCUCCUCGCUGCAAAAGGUCAACUCAGGAAGCAGCACCCCGACCAGCGACACCACCGAGGCGGGGAUGUCAGCCGGGGACAGCAGGCAGACCACAGCCCCCUCGUCCCCGGUGGUGGAUCCAUGCCACUCGCCCGCUUUCCCAGCCGACCAGUCGCCGGUGAAGAUUAAAUACCCCAGCUCCCCGUACAGCGGCCACAUCUCCAGGUCUCCGAGUUCCGGGCAGCAGUCCCCGGCCGGGAGCAACCCAUCCCCAGCCCUGUCCUACUCGUCUGCCGGCUCCGCUCGCUCCAGCCCGGCCGACAUCCCCGACCUGAGCAGGCUGAAAAUGACCGCCAUCGACGAGAAGGUCAAAGCCGUCCAUAACCUCAAAACUUUCUGGGCUAGUGCCACACAGUCAGCGUCUAGACCUGUCCGCGCACUGCGCUCCAACCCCACUCUCGCCGGCUCCAAGGCAGAUGCUCUAAGUUAUUUGAAUCUCUCUCCGGCCAGGCGCGCCAAGAAGGAGGGGAAAGAGGACAGGCUGGAACUCAAGGAAUUUUCCAAGAUCCCCCACUCAGACAAGAAGGCCCAGAACGGCAGCGGAGCUCACCAAGAGACCAGUAGACCCGCAGACACAACGCAACCAACAAACAGCCUUCAGAGGGAGGUGCGCCCAUUGAGACUCCCCUCCGGGAAUGGUUAUAAAUUCUUGUCUCCUCGAAAGUUUCUUCCCACCUCGAAAUGCUGAAACCACCUGAACCAGCCAUGCCAUUUUCUUUAGUGUUCAUUGCGUGAUGUCCUUGUGGGACGAGCAUGUUACAAGUCUACAGCGUCGCGCAGGCAACCCUUUGUAAACUGAACGUUUCUGUGUGGCGUGAACAGUACUACAAAUUUUUAUACUGUUAAAGAAAGAAAAAAGCAAAAAAAACCUCCUGUGUACAAAUGUCAUAUUUUUAUUGAAUCCAGAAUGGCAUUUUGCCUUGUUUCUUAGUCAUUUAAUGGUUGAUAUUGGUUUAUAAAUGUCAAAAAAAAUCACAUUGCAAUGUCAUCCACAGUCAUAGUAUUUGUUGGAAGUACAAAAUAAACUAGGCUUGACAGUU